AUAAAAGAAAGAAAAUAAUAAUUAUGGAAUAAGAAGACAAUAUGUGAUGUACGUAGAAUCAGUUUUGGAUUCUCGUACAUCACUGUACAGGAAAAAGAUUGCGGUGAUGAGCUCUCCGACCCGAGUUAAACCGACUCCCAAGACACUAUAUAUAUACGUGACAUGUAGAGGGUUGGUUCAGAAGAUAGAAGAACCAAUAAAUAAAUCAGAAACAACCUGUUUGUUUUAGAUCAGAGAUGUCUGUAAAUAACAGAGAUCCUCUUGUGGUAGGGGGAGUGAUAGGGGACGUUCUUGAACGGUUCACAAGAUCAAUCGAUCUAAGGGUUACAUACGGCCAAAGAGAGGUGACAAAUGGGUUGGAUAUAAGGCCUUCUCAAAUUAUCAACAAGCCAAGAGUUGAGAUUGGUGGAGAAGACCUAAGGAACUUCUAUACUUUGGUUAUGGUGGAUCCAGAUGUUCCAAGUCCUAGCAACCCGCACCUUCGAGAAUAUCUCCAUUGGUUGGUGACUGAUAUCCCUGCGACAACUGGAACAAACUUUGGCAAUGAGAUUGUGUCUUACGAGAGUCCAAGGCCCACCUCGGGAAUUCAUCGUCUCGUGCUGGUAUUGUUCCGGCAGCUCGGGAGGCAAACAGUGUAUGAACCAGGGUGGCGCCCACAAUUUAACACUCGUGAGUUUGCCGCGCUAUACAAUCUCGGCCUUCCCGUGGCUGCGGUUUACUUCAAUUGUCAGAGGGAUAAUGGCUGCGGAGGACGAAGAACUUAGAUCGAUGGGUCAUGGGUUUCUUCGUUUAAUCAGUUGACUUUACAUGCCCUAAUGAAAUUAAAACAUCUAUAGUACUAUAAUAAGCAUUUUAUGGUACGAGUAAUGAACGGUGAUAAUGACUACAAUAGUUUAAUAUGCAUUAAAUAAAUCAAAGGGGGAACAAAUGAGAAUGUUUUUACUUAUAUGGUGCGUGAUGCAAUUUUUAUAGAUUCUACAUGGAAUAGGAGUGUUAUAUAGCUACAAUCGUAUCAUUUUAGUUUGAUGCAACGGUAUCUUAACAUUCGGAAAACAUGGACUAGAAAAACAACCAGUGGCAAUAGAAUCUGCUUUUUGUUCUACUUUUGAGUUCAUCUUGGUGAUCACAUAAUACACUUUCAUCAUAUUUAUAUCUAUAAACUUGUUGGAAAAAUAUUGAGUUUGUUUGUUUCUAAGCCAAGAGAUUUGUGUGGCCUUUAUACACAUACACGCUAUUUAAAUGUUAAUGUAAUAAUCGAAUGAAUAAAAUGGCAAAAACAAAAAUUUAAGUUUUUAAACAAGUAAAAUAUGUCGGUCAAUUUAUUCACUUUUCCCUAUAUACACUAAAUGUAAUAAAUGAGUAUCGAAUUAAUUAAAAGAAUCUAUAAUAAAGGACAACACGUACAUUCCCUUGUUUUUAAAUGGAGUAUAUAUGUUUUAGAAAAUAAAUUAAUUCAUAAAGGUAGAUAUUUGUAUUUCUAAGCAAAAAAACUGUGUAGCAUUCUAUUUCCGAUCCCUUAUUUACAAAUACCACAAGACCGUAAUAAUACUUAAAGUAACUAAAAAUUAAAUAAGUUUCAAUUAUUAUUAUUUUUUUAAUAAAACAACAGCCAUACAAGAUGUUACAAGAAUCUUAUGCUCGUAAGCAUCCGUGCUUAUCUAAACCAAAAAUAGUAACAGAAGAAGAAUUUGCAUCCCAUAAACUGAAAGUGUCUAAUUUUAAAAAGCAAAGUUACUUAGAGAUAAAAAGUAAUAGGAGAUUUUCAACAAAAGAAGAAAAGAAAAGGAGAGGGUGGCAAUUAAAUUUGGAAAAGAAAUAGAUAAGAGAAUGUUGUCAUAAAGAAAGGUUGAUAGUUCGAUUAGUCCAUGUGUUCCAUCACUAGACUUUUUUUUUCCUUGGACCUUCUGGGGACUUGAUCAUUCAUUGUCGUGUGAUAGUACUAUGAAUAUAACAUGUAGGUAUGUCAGUAACCAACAGAAAAAAAAACAAUUGGUCCAAUAUUUUCAGAUUUUCA